UUGAAAAGAAUAAAGUUGACGUAUUACGUGUUAGUGUGACUUGGAAACGAUAUGACGAAUCUAAUCUGAGGAAGAUCAAAGUUAAUAAUUAAUGUACUAUGACUCGGUGUAAUUCAGUAGUUUCUUCCGUCACGUAGCCGUCAUGUGAGGAUCAUCGGCAUUGGGAAGAAAAGAGAAGAAGCCUCAUCCCGCGUGACACCAGCGAGUGUCGAGUAAUGCUGAAGCACAUCUUGACGGGGCAGCCGUCGUCAACGGGCUCCAGGCAUCACAAUGAUUAUCAAACGAGCUCGGGCUCGUUGCACGGCGGGCACCAUCAUCACCAUUUGCACAAUAAUUCGCUGCACCAGGAGCAGCAGCCGCAACAGCAGCAGCCGCAGUCGCAACAGCAUCACCACCAUCAUCAUUACACCGGAGGUACCGGGACGACGCGCGGCGGUGUCGCCGGACAUCGCGGUAACAACGGCGGAAUCGAUGUGUACGACUCCGUGGUGCAGAGAUCGACGGUGUCGAACGCGCAUCAAUCGGCGACGACGCCAUCAUCGACGCACCGGCAUCCGUUGAAUCAUUCCCAGCUGAGCGUCAACAAUCUGUCGCAACGCUUGAACCACUCGCACGCACUCAAUGUGUCGACGCUGUCGACCUCCAAGCACUCGGUCAACAGCGUCAGUCCGGUAGCCGGCGCUAAUGGUAACAAUAAUGGCGCCAACAAUAAUAAUAACAACCAUAACAACAUUUCGGUCGCGAGUCAGCUGGGCCAUACCGUCAUCUCGCAAACGAGCGCCUUACAUCAAGAUCGGCCGAAGGCGAACGGCGGUCUCGACAUCUCCAGGCUGUCGCGGUUGCCGAGCCAGACCACGCCGUCACCCGCACCUGCCGCACCUGCGCUUCCUGUCGUGGCCGGUCAGGUAGCUGGCGGACCGACGGUGAUACCCCUCAAUGCCUCCUGGUCCUCGUCCCUGUCCAGGAAUCUCCAUCGGAACGACGAAGCAGGCGUGAAGGAGAUGCUGACGAGCCUCGGACUAUUGUGUCUAGUGUCUCUACUUCUGGCCCUGCUCUCGGUUAUCUUCCUGUUGAAAAUCUCGCCGCUUACGGUCACGUCCAACAGUCUCAUUAGUCCGGAGGAGUUUGUCAUUGUUUAUGAGGUCACCCUGGCGUUGUGCGCUCUCGCCCUAUCGCUCAACUUAUGUUGCCUAUUGGUUUGCGCCAUACAGUUCCUUUUUGCGGUGAAACUCGUCAAGACUUCGUACCAGGGACACCGGAGUAACAAGUACCUGCAAAAAUCGUCCAUCAGCCGCGUGUGCGCCGUCGGAGGUUUUUUCAUUAGCAUUCCGGUCUUCCUAACCGGCAUGAUUCUGUACACAUUCAUCCAAUUCCAUUCGACACCGGCGAUCGUCACGUCGGUCUUCAUCGGCCUCGGCAUCGUGUUUUGCGGAUGCGCCAUGGUCCAUAACGUCUUCGUGUGGCAGAAAGAGAAGACGAAUGCGGUGAAGGCGUUCGCCCGCGAGCAGUGCGAGGCCGCAGCGCAGCUACAACGUCAACAGCAGCAGCAACAACCCUAUCAACAGGCGCACUCGCAGCACCAACAACAGCAUCAACAUCAUCACCAGCAGCAGCAGCAGCAUCAUCAUCACCAUCAACAUCAGCAGUCGCAGUUACGACCGACGCUGCACACGAGUUCGAAAAUCGGUGGCGGCUCGAUGACGGUUCAUUCGACCACUAGCCUACUGGCCCAAUCGCCUCGCGGUCUCCAGCAUUCUUACCAGCAUCAUUCUCAUCAGCACCAUCCUCAUCAGCAGCGGCACGUGUCCUCCAUGUCGCCGCCGUUAUUAUUAUCGUCACCUCAUCCCGCGUCGCAGCAUAAUCACCUGACGCACCGUGGUGCCGUGGCGGCCGCUGCCGCUGCCACGCCACCGACGACGCCCGGCGACCGAUCGCCGCCGAGCCCUAGCGGCGUCGGCAGCAGCGGCAAACUCAACAGGUCGCAGCAUCUGCCGCGCGAGGCAAGCGGCAGUAUCAGCCCCGGCUUGCCGGCGGCCACGCUCGAUCUCAGCAGCGCCGCCACUACAAACAGCCCGCACGAAUUGUCGACUCUCGUCUAAAGAUCUUGAUGGAGUGUUAAAAUAACUCCAAAAGUCAAAAGAUCCACGAAUUUAUUCGAAGGGAGUAUUCUUUGAUCGAUCGAAGGGAUUAUCUCCUAAGCUGAAACGUCAUUUGUAAAAAACGGAUUUUUAAAUUUGUUUGGAAAUAAACUCCUCAACUCAUUUUAGAUAGAUUUAGGCUUAAAAAAUAUCGAAGGAUGGGAAAAAUCUGUAUGAGACUUUAUUAAUCUUAAUAUAUCGGUCAUAAAUGGAAGGAUUUAUGCCUAAACCGUUUUAUAUAAAUCUGCACCUUAAGAAUCGAACAAUCGUGACGCUAAAUGCCUAAUUAUGUAUAGAUAGAAUUGAUGUUGUCUAGCAAGAAGGGACCAAAAAUUGCUGACUAAGACUGUCACUGUUUAUUUUAUUAUCGCGUCAUCAAUGUUACCGGCAUAUUAUGACAUUAUGGUGCCGUCAUCGUCAAUGUCGAUUAGUGUUUUUAUUUUGUUACAAGGAUAUACAUCUCUAAAUACUGCUUAGGCCCAUCGAAUUAUCUUAGGUCUGCUUGAUGAUGAUAAAUCCUCGAAACUUUUUGCCCACCGUGUAUAUAUUAUCCACGAAUCUUCGACCAGCGACCGCCGGAAGAAUACCGCUCAGAGUCUUGUUGCCGGCAAUUUAUUUUUGGGGUUCGUGCGUUUGGCAGACUUAGUCCCGAGCUUAAACGUAACUAUACGUAACGUUAUAAGUGGCGUGAGUGCGAAAAUUAAGGGACUGAGAAAGGGAAGAGUUUCGCGCCCUUCGUAACGCGUGCAACACGAAACGCCGAAAGCAAAAAUGCCAGUUGACUGAAUUCUCCCGUAUACUUUAUUGAUCACCUGAAUAAAAGCACGAAAUACAAGGCUGAUAUUUUGUCGGUUUAACUAAUUUUUUCGAUAUAAUGCAUUUUUGUUUUUUUUUUUUCAUUGAUUUUACAUAUUAAUAUUACUGAUGUAAUUUCUGUUUUUAAUCGAAUUUUAACGAAAAUAUCUGAAAGAAUUUCUGUCGAAUUUAUCGAGCAAAAUUUCAUCAGUCGUGUCUUCGUCUAACAUCCAUAUUGUUCCGGCAAUUACCAACGGCCUUGGAACCUAUACUCUCAACCAUCUUUAUAGCCCGGGUCGUUAUACCAGUAUUACUCACAUCAAUUUUUUUGUUUCUUCCCACCGGUACAUAAUUCUCUCACAUAGUCAGAAUGUCCAAACUGUCUUAAUCCUGCUAGUAUUGUAACUAACAUGAUAUAAUGACUUGCCGAUAGUGUUAGUUCCUGUUGACCUUGACGAGCUAUACAUUUUUUUGCAUACCGCUACAAUAUUCUUGAGCAGGUUUCGCCUGUGCUUAACUAUUUAUCAACGCGUUCGAAGGAACCGUAUAUAUACAUAUAUGUAUAUUCACGGAGAAAUUCCACGCCGCGUCGAUGUGACGCGAGGAUCCUUUCGCCGGACGAAACUUGCCGAUUUAUGCUUUCUUUACGGCUCGUAUAUCCCGCUAUCAGCAGCGAGAGCGGCAACAGGUUCCUGUAACCUGUUGCGCAACGUUGACGAAAAAAUUCCUUACACCGAAUGCAUGUUGCAUUUGUGCGUCGUAAGUAUUUUCUGGUUACCUGAUAUCAUUCUCGUAAUAUAUAUCAGAUAACCGGAAAUGAAAUUCGUGCAGUUUCCCAUAUCGAGAAUAUAAAGUUAUAAUAAAAUUUUGGCAAACAGAUUUCAUUCAUUGGAAUAUACACACCUUUACAAAAAAGGGAUUCUUUUUUCAUGUUUCAAAUUUAUAUGAUAAAUAUACGAAAGUAUACCGGUUUUAUUCACGCGCGCGCGUAUGUCUAUAUUUUUUAUUAAGAUAAUAUAAUUUAUACUAAAAAUGAUUCACUAAAACCACAUGAAAUAAUUACAUUUCGACGAUCGCCGAGAAACCCCGAUUAUCCCGAAUAGAGAACAAAUAUAACAAAGUACAAUGAUUGAAAUAUAUUUCAAUAUAUAUACAAUAAUGUAUACAUACGUUAGAAAUCCCGAAGACGAGAAAUUGGCAUGUAUGUGAAUCUUGCCAUGUUUUUACUUUUUAUUAUUAUUAUUUGUACUUAUCUUACAGAACCUCUAGUCCUAGAUUACUUUCGUUCACACGGAAGCAUAAGACUUUAGAAUUCUGAUUAACAUUAUAAUUACGCGGUUAAUAAGAUGCUUGAAAUUUGCGAAUUCGAUAUAGUGGUGGAAUUGAGUUUUUAUGUUUCCGCGAAAUUAUACUUUUUAAGAAAAGAAAAUUGUAUAUGUGUGUGGGUGUGUGUGUGUGGUGUAAAGAAUAAAAGAAAAGUUAAUUAAAAUAAAAUACGCAAUAAGUAGCAUAUCAAAAGCGAAAGAAAUGAAGAAUCAUAAUAAGAAAAACACGUAUCAAUAGGCCUUAAAUGUCACAAAUCCUGCAACUUUAUUAAUCUACCAUCAGUAUGCAACAAAAUAAUUACCGAAAUUAAUUACCCGAAUUAAUUUCUUAGUCUUUGGAUAUGUUAAAUAACUUAUGAAUCAAAUAUUACGUCCCCUUUGUCAGCACGAUUUUAAUACUUGAAAGUUUCGAACUAUAAAGCUGCUAUAAAUUUAUAUUUUAAAAGCGCAUUAAAAAAAAUUAGGUUUAUAAUUUUAUAUUAUUAAUAUGCGUGAUCGUGUGAAGAGUUUGUUGAAAAAAAAGUCGUAUUUGCUACUUAUAAAUAAUAAUAAAAUACCUGAGUAUAUGUUAUGUGUGUGCACGCGCGUAUCCGAAGGAAAGAAAGAAAUAAUGUGAGAGCUUCCGUCUUUACCGCAAGAGUUCAAUUUUCACUUUGAUUGCUGAAACGAGAUGUGGUAUUUCGCAUCAAAUUUUAGUAUUAAGCAUAAAAGAUAUUAUAUUUCAUAAUUUAUGGUAUAAAAAAACCUUUCUUCAGAUAUAAUAAAAGUAAUAUUUGAGAUAAUUUGAAUAUACAACAGUAUCUUUGUAUAAAUUUGGAAAAUAUAUUAUAAUGUUUAUUUUCAGUUUGUAUAAAUCUUCAUACUUUGCGAUAUAUGUAUAUACAUACAUUUGCGAUAUUUAUAGUAAUCGCAAUGUAAUUUCCUGUACAAUUGAAAAAAAAAGAGAAAGUAGAGAGAAAGAGAUUCAUCAUUUACGGUAUGUUGCACUGAACCAUAAUAUGAACAGUAUAGUAAUGAUUUACGUAAAUAUGUUCAAUAAUCCAUAGAUGUGACAUAACAUACUCUCUUACAUAGUUCCAUAUUCGAGGAAUUACGUUCUACGAAACUAUUGUGGAUAUAGAUAUCAUGCAAAAAUACAAUAUAUAAAAAAAGAAGACAAAUAUAGAAAGAUAAAAUUUUAAAAGUAUAUGAUUGCGCUAAAAAAUUAGCGAAUUUUGCACUCGCGAACAUAAAAAAAAUGAUUAUAUAAAAUGUCAAUUUAAAGGAAAAUGGAACUUCUAUUAUGUAUUACAUAUUGUGCAAGUUUGAAAAUUUGAUCACGAUAUUAUUAUCAACAUUUAAGAUCCGAAAAUGUGCUUUAUAAUUAUUUUACGUAAUUGUUAUACUGUAUUAUACAUCUUAAUUUUUUUUGUACGUUUUGUACAUUUGAUUGGAUAAUUAUCGAAUCGAUCGAUUUGAAAAAUUCGUUAAUAUUCGCAGUUUAUAUCUAACUUAUGAAUCGAAUUAAAAACGCAUCCUCGAGACGAGAAUAUUAAUAAACUUUUAUUUGCAUGACAUUCAAGUAAACUGAGAAUGGCGGGCUAAAUAUAUAUGUACAUAAAGGAAAGAAUAUAUACGAGAUAUAUUCUAGAGAUGUGUAUUUGAAACGGGCAGGGUAAGAAACUGAAAAUAUGUAAAUUGUUUCACCGCAUUUGUAAGUAGUGUAGUAAUAAUGCAUUUGCAAGUAAUAGUGUGUAACUUAAUCAUGCGAGUAAGUUAUUCGUGUUGGGUCCAUAUAUAAUACACAUAGUACAAAAGUGUUUUAGCUUUAUGUACUGAUAGUUAUGUAAUAACAGUAGAUGUACUUGCUAUGUGUAAUUAAUUAAAAAAGAAAAAAUAAAUUAUUCUGAAUAUA